CAGACCCGUCCCCCCCGGGCAGGGCAGAGCAUCUCCCGCAGCCCUGGGAAGUCGCUUCUCCCCCGCUCCGCUCUGCCCGGGGGGGGGGUUUGGGCCGGGUUAAGCCAAACCCCGGGGAGGGUCUGGCGAGCGCAGAGACCGCCCAGCUCAUCGCACGGAUGAGCGGGCAGUGGCGCCCGGCUCCGCCCCGGGCUGGGCUGGGCGAGGGAGCGGAGCCGCUCCCGGUCUGGCACGGCCGGGAAGCAUCCCGGAUUGGGGGGCGAGGGGGGCGGAGAUCCCGGGGCUGAGCCCCCAACCCGCAGGGACUCCCGGGCAGCGGAGAGGGGGGCUCUGCCCGGUACCCACCGGCGGGAAGCAUCCCGGGAGGGAGGAGCUCCUUGGAUCCCGGGGCUGAGCUCAGGGACCCCCGGGCAGCGGAGGGGGCUCUGCCCGGUCCCCACCGCCGGCCGGGCGGACCCCGGCGGUCGCCGCGUUCCCCCCGCCGUGGGAGCGGACACCCCGAGGGUUCCCGCAGAUCCCCGAGGAUUCGUACCUGUCCAGCUCCUGCCGCCGGCUGAGAGGCUUCAGCGCCUUUGCUCAGCGCCUGGAAGAGGAGCCAAGGCCGGGAGCAGCGGAGGGGGAGCAGUGAUGGAACGCUCACUGCAGGAAAAUCACAAGGCGUUCGAUUUUUGAACGAUUUUGCCUUCGCCCUGACGCCGUGUCUCGCGCAUUCCAGGCUGUCCCGCUGGCAGGGAGCGUUUGCCAUGGACACCGGGCACGUCAGCAGGUCCCGCUUCAGCGUGGCCUCCAGCCCGCCGCGGUGGGAGAUCGGGCUCUACGCCGCCGGCGCCUUGGCGCUGCUGGGAAUCGCAGCCAUCAACCUCUGGAAGCUCUGGCGCUCCGGCAGCUACCCGGCCCCUUCCCCCUUCCCCAACUAUGACUACCGGUACCUGGAGCAGAAGUACGGAGCCGCGUAUCCGGACGUCAGGCACAAGCGAGGGCUGGCCCCGGGCUCGCAGCGGACGCCGGGUCAGAGCGCUGCCAGCCGCAGGAGCAGCCUGAGGGCAGAGGACACCUUGGAGAGCAUCCAGGAGCUGGGCAGCCUGGAGCUGAUGGGCAGAGACCUGGGCCUGGCCCACUACGGCCCCCUGAAGAAAUCCAUCUCGGCCGACUCCCUCAACUCCAUCUCGUCCAUCGGGAACAACUUCGGGCAGGAUUUCACGGUGGGGCAGGUGGAGGUGUCCAUGGAGUACGACGGGAAGGCGGCCGCCCUGCACGUGACGCUGCUGCAGGGCAAGGACCUGCUGGAGAAGGAGGACGCGCGGUUCGAGUCCUGCUUCAUGCGGAUCAGCCUCCUCCCGGCCGAGCAGAUCGUCGGCAUCUCCCGGAUCCAGAGGAGCGCCUACGCCGUGGCCUUCGACGAGCGCUUCUCCAUCCCGCUGGAUCCGGCGGCGCUGGAGGAGAACAGCCUGCGCUUCUCCGUCUUCGGCAUCGACGAGGACGAGAGGAGCGUCAGCACCGGCGUGGCCGAGCUCAAGCUCUCCGACCUGGACCUGGCCACGCGCCCCUUCAAUGCCUGGCUCUACCUGCAGGACAUGAGCAAGCCCGUGGACACGGUGGGGGAGAUCCUGCUCUCCCUGAGCUACCUGCCCACGGCCGAGCGGCUCACGGUGGUGGUGGUCAAGGCCAAGAACCUCGUGUGGACCAACGGCAAGGUGACCGCAGAUCCCUUCGUCAAGGUGUACCUGCUGCAGGACGGGAGGAAGAUCAGCAAGAAGAAGACGGCGGUGAAGAGGGGGGACACCAACCCCGUGUUCAACGAGGCCAUGAUCUUCUCCGUGCCGGCCAUCGUGCUCCAGGAGCUGUCCCUGCGCGUGACGGUGGCCGAGAGCGGCGAGGACGGGCGCGGUGACAACACGGGCCACGUGCUCAUCGGCCCCACCGCCAGCGGGAUGGGCACCACGCACUGGAACCAGAUGCUGGCCACGCUGAGGAAGCCCGUGUCCAUGUGGCACCCACUCCGCAGGAAUUAGGGGGGCUCCUGGGGGGGCUGCACCCCGACGCCGGCUCUGCCGGGCACCGCGGGGCCAGGAGCCACCGAGCAGGGGCUGAGCAGGACUCUGUGGCACCUCAGAGGGUCAGCUCCUGCCUAAAACACCCCGAGGAUGGAUGGAGUGACUCUGCGGCUUCAUCUCCGCCCUCCUGGGUCCCCCACACGUGGGGACUGACGGACAGACCCACUGGCAAGGAGCCCAGACGGACCAAAACCAGCCAGAACCUCCCCAGACGGCUGGGCUGAGCAUCCCAGCGGCCUCAAAAUCGGUGGAAUCCUCAAACACGGACCCCAAGGCUGCACGGGAGAGGGGGGAUUCCUUUGGAAUGUGGGUUUUUCUGAGGGGGGUGAUAAAUGCCAGCAUGGCGUGGCUCCUCUCGGCGAGAGUGGCGAUCCUGGGGGGAUUUUUAAGAGGGAUUUCGGUGUGUCGUGCUGGGGACAGGAUGUUUCCAGUGGGAACGGAGAAAGGGAGCAAUAAGAGCAGAAAAAGCAAUUGUUAUUAUA